AUGAUUCUCACGCGUGCACUCGUGCUUUUUGUUCUGCCGCUACUUGUGGUUGGCGAGCAGUUUGAGAUCCCUGCGGUGGAGGCCAUCGUCAAUAAAGUGCUCCAUAACUAUUCCAAGUGGGUGCACUUUGAAGGUCACUCAAGCCAUUCCGAUGUUGCAAAGCGGUCUGCUGCCACCACCGUCGCGAAGCGUGGAUUAGCGUACAAUAACAACAACCCCGACAACAAUGCCGCUUAUGCAAAUCUCUUCGCGGGGUACCCUAAGAUCUCGUGGGGUUAUGAUUGGGGAUAUCCAUCCUGGGGUCUAGAAUCGGACUUUGAAUUUGUUCCCAUGCUUUGGGGCCUCCCCAGCGGUUCUGACCCCGACUGGACUGCCGCGGUCGAAACUGCAGGCACCUUAAACAUUCUCGGCUUCAAUGAGCCAGACCUGACUUAUUCGGGCUCUGCUAAUAUUCUACCUGCUAAUGCAGCUGCGGGAUAUCAGACAUAUAUGGAGCCUUUUGCCGGGAAAGUCAAGAUCGGCAUGCCGAAUGUUCUAUGGAACAAUGUCGGCUCUUCCUCCGGAGGUAACUAUGACUCGACCCAAUGGACGCAGUAUUUCUUGCAAAACUGCACUGGAUGCCACUUCGACUUUGCUGCUAUUCACUGGUACCAAGACUGCGACCCGGGCAAUGGACAGAGUGGUGCCGACUGGUUCCAGGGCAACGUUACAGACGCAUAUCAGACGCUGAAUCUGCCAGUCUGGAUUACAGAAUUUGAGUGUUAUGGGUCGAAUGCGCAGCAGGUAGAGUUCUUGCAGCAGGUACUGCCAUGGUUGGAUGAGCAAAGUUAUGUAGAGCGAUAUGCAUACUUUGGAGUGUUUCCCGAUUAUCUGGUGAAUGACGCAGGCAAUGGGCUCUCAGAUAUUGGGGUGGCGUAUGCAACGACGUGA